AUGGAGAAGAAUAUGCAGGAUGGAGCCCUGGGGUGCUGGUUCAAGAUCACAAUUCCUUACGGGAUAAAGUAUGACAGGACGUGGCUCCUGAAUUCAAUCCAGAGCCAUUGCAGUGUCCCCUUCACCGCGAUCGAUUUCCACUACUUCAAAAACAGGGCCCAGUUCUUUGUCCAGGAUGCCGGUACUGCCUCCGCACUGAAGGAUGUCAAACACAAAAUUUUCAAUGAGGAAAAUCAAAUGGUAUCUAUCUUUGUCAGUCCUUCUGCUGUACCCUACUCUGUGCAAAAUAAGUUGAAGCCAGAACAAAUGGAGCAGCUAAAGCUGACCAUGAACAAACGAUAUGAUGUCUCCCAGAAAGCUCUUGACCUCCAGAAGCUCCGCUUCGACGCAGACUUGGUGGGGCGUGAUGUGGACAUAGUCCUGAAUCGAAGAAACUGCAUGGCUGCCACCCUGCAGAUCAUUGAGAGGGAUUUCCCUGAGUUAUUGUCCUUGAACUUGCGCAACAACAAACUGUACCAGCUGGAUGGCCUGUCUCACAUUAUAGAGAAGGCCCCCAAAGUCAAGAUCCUGAACCUGUCCAAAAAUGAGCUGACGUCAGUGUCGGAGUUGGACAAGAUCAAAGGGCUGAAGCUGGAAGAGCUAUGGCUAGAAGGGAACCCCUUGUGCUGCAACUUCCCAGGCCAGUCCAUCUACAUAAGGGUUGUACGGGACCGUUUCCCUGAAUUGUUACGCCUGGAUGGCUUGGAGUUAACAUCUCCAACUAUAAUUGAUGCCGAAGCCCCUGAGAUAAUAAAACCUUGUAAGGAAAGCUAUAAAGGAUCUGAGUCUUUGAAGAGUCUGGUACUUCAAUUCCUGCUUCAAAGCGGUUUGUGCGAGUACUUCAAGGAUAGCAGGAAUCUGAAGAAGGUCACAGACCCUGACCUGCAGGUUCAGCUGCUAAAGUACACAAAACAUGAGAUUGUGGACUCUCUCAGUGUUUUACCCAAAACUCAGCAUGACCUUAACUCCUAUGUGGUAGACCUGUGCGUCCAGACGGUGAGCACCUGCUUCCUCCCUUAG